UAAAAAUAAUCUAUUCAACGGAUUAUGGCACAAUGUUGAGACAAUCACUUCACCUCAUGUAUUUAUAAUUUUGCUUUGCGGCGCUUUCCCUGUUCGUCUGAUCAAGCAAGCACCAUUUCUGGAAGUGACUGGGCGGCGGGCCUUGUGCGAGUACAUAUGCCGAAGGGACCGAAAGGGACACCUCAACUUCUACAAAGGCACCCCCAGCUAUCGCAACAUUCCAACUGCUUGAAAUUGGACAUAUUUGUCACCCAGCGCAGCUUACAAUUGAAGACCUCCCUCCAAACUUUACACCUUUACAAAUUCCUCCCUCCCAGACAACACGAUGGACCAAAUGAUGGGCGCAGGCGAUGGCGGCAUGGUUGGACAGGCGGGGUUCCCUCUAGAGACUUGGUUUUGGGAGAUGCCUUUAUGUACGAGAUGGUGGACAACAGCUACCGUGGUUGCCAGUGCUCUGGUGCAAUGCCAGAUAGUUACACCUUUCCAGCUGUUUUAUAGUUUCCGGGCGGUAUUUCACAAGCACCAGGUAUGUCAGAAGUUGAGAUGGAGUUAUUCAGGCUCUCAUCGUUCCCUCGAUCUGCACAGCGUGGGGUAUUCGAUACUUCGGUACUGAUCUUUUUUCUCUAGUACUGGAGACUUCUUACUACUUUUGUCUAUUUCGGUCCCCUAUCCCUCGACCUCGUCUUCCAUGUCUUCUUUCUUCAGCGAUAUUCGCGAUUACUCGAAGAAUCAUCCGGUCGGUCGCCAGCCCAUUUCUCGUGGCUCCUUCUAUAUUCAACCGCCUUCUUGAUCUGUUUAUCUCCAAUGGUAUCAAUGCCAUUUCUAGGACAUCCUCUGUCCUCAACACUCGUAUACAUCUGGUCUAGACGAAACCCAGACGUCAACCUGGGCUUUUUGGGGUUAUUAGUGUUCAAGGCUCCUUGGCUCCCUUGGGUAUUGAUGGGAUUUAGUUUGGUAGUCCACGGAGUCAUUCCCAAGGACGAACUUAUGGGUGUUGUUGUCGGACAUAUCUGGUAUUUCUUCUGCGACGUAUAUCCACCACUACACAACGGUUCUCGUCCACUCGACCCCCCUAUAUGGUGGAGGCGACUUUUUGAUGGGCCGGCUGAACCAGCGAUAGAUUCAGAUGGCGUUCUUCAUAAUGUUCCUACGGUAAAUGCUGCGGCACCAGCACCGGAAGUGCGAUAGAGGGUUGGUAUCAAAAUAUAAAAGGUUACGAAAUUGGCAUAUUUGAGUGGAGUUAGCGGCGCUUGGGAAUUGAUCAUUAUGAGUUGGACUUAGGUGUGUUUAUUGGAGACAAGGCCGGCGGAUUGUUUGGUGUAGAGAUAGCGGAAUGAUACCACUUUCUAAUACGA